AUGGGUACAUGUAUGUCAACACGUUCAUCACGAAGAAUUAGGCCGCGAAGGAAAGGCCGCCGCAGAGUUUCCAAACACAUUUCGAAAGUGUCUGAUAUCAUAUCUCAUCCAGAUAUUAGACGGGCAAGUGAUGUCGGGAUCCGAACUUCUUUUGAUGUAUCUCAAGAUGAUGCGUGGUUUGAUUCUUUAAGUAUUUUCUCUGACUCAGAUGAUGACUUUAUCAGCCUACAUGAAGAGAAUGGUCAAGUGGUUCAGUAUGAGGCUUCUUCAUGCAUUGUUGAUGGGAAAGGAAAUUACGAAGAAUACCAUGAGAGUUACAUGAAGAUUGAUAAUUUUAAUAGCAAAAGUUUAUACAAAGAACCUAAUGGCUUGCCUGUUAAAGAAUUGAAGGAACCAAAACGUAACUCCAAAGAGAAAACAUUGAAAACAUUGAGCCGGUUGAUGUCAACGGUUAGUUUCAACGACAAGACUCUUAACUCUCCCACAUCUCAAAAACGAAAGUCUGCCGUUUACCGACUUUCUUUCAAGAGGAGAUCAUGCGAUGGUGAAGAAGUUACCGAAUAUAGUAAAUUCUUGUACCGUCCAAAAGCGGGAUUCACCAUUCCUUGCUUAGCCAAAGAUAAGCAACAAUCCUCAGGAAGUUGGUGUGAGAUACCACCUUCAAACUUUAAACUACGUGGCGAAAACUAUUUCAAAGAUAAACGGAAAUCACCGGCUCCAAACCAAUGUGCAUACACUCCAAUUGGUGUUGACUUGUUUGUGUGUCCAGGGAAGAUUGAUCAUAUAGCACAACACAUCGAGCUUCCCAAUAUCAAUGCUGAUGCAAAUCUCCCUGCUCUUCUGAUUGUCAACAUUCAGUUGCCAACUUAUCCAGCCGCAAUGUUUCUUGGUGAUAGUAAUGGAGAAGGCAUGAGCAUUGUACUUUACUUCAAAUUACGAGACAAUUUCGAAAAAGAAAUCUCUCAGCAAUACCAAGACAGCAUCAAGAAACUAGUGGAAGAUGAGAUGGAGAAAGUUAAAGGGUUUGCAAAAGACAACAUUGUUGCAUUUCGAGAAAGGCUUAAAAUCAUAGCCGGAUUAGUUAACCCGGAUGAUCUCGGUCUUAGCUCCACUGAAAAGAAGCUUAUACAAGCUUACAAUGAAAAACCAGUCCUUUCACGUCCUCAACACAACUUCUUCAAGGGUCCUAAUUACUUUGAGAUUGAUUUGGACGUUCAUCGGUUUAGCUUCAUCUCAAGAAAAGGGCUUGAAGCUUUUCGAGAUCGACUUAAAAACGGAACUCUUGAUCUUGGCUUAACCAUCCAGGCUCAAAAACCAGAGGAGUUACCAGAAAAAGCCUUAUGUUGUCUAAGGCUGAGCAAGAUUGACUUUGUCGACCAUGGCCAAAUCCCAACGCUUUUAAUCCCUGAAAAUGGAUAA